GAGCAGGCGGCAGGCUCAGUGAACGUUGAGCCUGCAUUCGGUACGGUACGAACCCGGGGCGGGUACGAACGUUUGCGUGUGCGUUUGCGCGUGUGUUGUUCGGUGGUUGCGGGAAAGAAACACCCAGCACCUACCGCCCUGCUCGGGGCAGGCCUGAUGGUGGCUUACACACCCGUGGGCAGUGUGAUUUAGUUUUCGGCUUGUUACACCGUGCGACAGUUCCCGGUAGUGUAGCAAACCUGGUUUUACGCAUAAAUUUAUUUUAAUUGCAUAUCGAUUCCCGCGGUAACUUCAAGUUCAAUGGUGUCCCGAGUGAUCCUUCCAUGUUUGUCGUUCGAGUGCGUGUGUAGUUUCACUUUCUGCUCGUCCCAUUAAUACGCUACCAUUAUUGCCCGGUGCUGUUGUGAGCCCGAUAAUUAGUGCGAACAAUUAAAGAGCAAAAAUCACAACCCCACUGGUACGAUUCAACCCUCCUGCGCAACAAAGAAGAAUAGGUGUGUCUAACAAACGAACAAAAAAACACACCACGGUGACCGGUGGGCAAAUAGAUCGCGCCCGAUCGGGCAUCGCGAUAAUAUGGAGUGAAAUAUUACACCCAGCGGCUCACGCGAGUGAUAAGAUGAUAAAUUGGUGUGUGCGGCCGCCAUUAUCAUAUGUAAUCCCAGCCGGGGGGGAAACUCGAAUUGGCCGCACCCUUUCCGACGUCUCCGCCAAACAACAGACACACCAGCUGCAGCGUGUCUCAGCACCGCCCAGUCGAUUGGCGAUAAUGGAAAUGGAAAUCGUUCGAUCAGUGCUGCUCACCGUCGUGUAUUAACGCUGUAUGUGAAUUAGUAUGUGUGUUUGUGUGUAUUGAAGCUCUUUCCGGGGAAAUAUUAAGCCCAAAAAGGGGAAAUUAUACCUACAAUCAUGCAAACUGCUACCGGGAAAGGCUUCAGUUUGAAGAGGAAAUAAAGCAAAAGGUGAAAAAACGGUCGGCGCUAGUGAGAAAAAGGUGAUGAACCUUUCCCCGCACGGCUGACCACGACCUAUACGCAAUUAGCCCGCCCCAGAGUAGGGUGUAAUUUAUUGUUUUCCUAGAAGGUUAUUAUUACUAUUUGUGAAGUGCAGAGAGCGAGAGAGAGAGAGAGCGAAAGUGAAAAGGAAGGGAGUGUUUCCAAAUAAAAAGCACGAGCUACAGUUGUGACCGGCAUAAACAUCUUCUUUUCUCGUGCGUAAUGUGUGAACGAUUUCAUCUGGAUUAAGCAGACAGGCUGCUCGAAAACCCGUGUCUGAUCUCAUCAUUAACACUUCGCCCCUUUUUUUUUUGAGCUUUUCUGUAUCGUUCACCUCAGACACAGAUGCCCUCCCCAAUGAGUGGAAAUGUACUAAGCGACUGCUCGAACUAAACGAAACGAAGGGAAUGCACUGUUUCGUGUUGAACUAUCACGAUUGUACCACGCUGUAAGCGGUUUCCAUCGGGUUUCUCAACCAGUACCAUGGCUAUUUCCCUGCGACAGUUGCUGUUCCGGUCGGCAACCGGAAACGCAAGCGUGUCAACCACCGUUGCUGCCAGCGCCACCUUUACAUCUGCAGUGCAACACAAAGGAGAGUGGAGUGUAUAAAACUCCCUCAGCAGCAGCAUGCAGUGCAGGCAAUGUGCGAAAGGAAUGAUAAAUGAAAAUACCUUUCAGCGCUCUGGAGAGGAAAGUCAAAAGCCCACACCAGAGCAGCGAACUUUACCAUCAAACGGACGGAACUGUCACACGGCUCCAAAACGUAGCGCUGGCAUGCCGAAGGACUAGAAAUAGAAUCGUGUACAAAAAGCUUAACUCUCCAGGGCUCUCUCUCUCGCUCUCUCGUUCUCUUUUUGCUGCAUUUUUGUUGCAGCUUUUGUCACCAUUUCAAGCACCGAGCGAAGUGAUAUAAAAAUUCAAACUAUCAAACGAAAAAAGAGAAGAAAAAAACAUCAAAAUCCAUUCGCCCCACCGCUGGCCAGCCGCUGGCGGGUGGUGAAUUGUUACACUCCACCGUGCGGAAAGGAAAUAACUCUUGCAUAACUUUCCCACUGUCUGCUUCCCGUACGAAAUGCCCCGCCAGAAGGUGGCUGGCACCGUCCAGUGCGCUCGGUUUGCCCCAAGCAGCAGCGAACCAAAGCCGCGGAACGCAUUUUUUACAACAUUCUUCCUGUUCCCAGCACCGCCGGGCGUUGGGUUCAACUCUUGUAAAAACCCUCCUUCAGCCGAGCGCAGUGCAAGGGCCUGCAGACACGCGAAGUCGCACAAAAAGUGUCGGUGUUAUACUAAUGUCCAAUGGAUGCUUCUCUCUAUUUCCCAGUGCACCAGUGCAACCAGCGACGGAACUCACCCAGAUAGUGGCCUGUGAACGUAGUGGUGGUGGUGGUGUACUCAACGCGUAUACAAUGUUGUGUGAGCAAGUAGUGAAGUGAAAAGCAACAAGAACGGCAAUAUUUAUCUACCCCCGAAGGGUAAGACUGCCCCCCGCCUGGGACUGCAAUCCGGUGGGCCUUGUGUCUUGCCGCGGGAACUUCCGGGUGCUCGCUGCACGAUAGAUUAAAAAGCACGGAUUUUAUUGCGCAUUCUCUCGCUCGCUGCGCGUGAAGCUGUGUAGUGAAGGGAACAAUAAUUAAGUGAAAUGAUUUUUGCCUGGCAACGGCAACCGAACGGCAGCACGAACCACCCGAACGGAGGGCAGCAGCAGCAGCAUCACAACCGGUACAAUGUAACCGACCACCGUGGCGUCUGUUUUAUGGUUGUUCAACAGCAGCAGCAGCACCACUGCCGGUGGCACCGGAACGCGUAGAGCACGCCCGAGCGACGCCGACGCCGACAGCCUCCGACAAGCUUCCAGAUUUUUUGCCAAAAACAAAUGGGUGUGUUUGUGUGUUUUUUGUUUGCUACAGAAGCGCACCGCUGUACCAGCUGUUUAAGCCCAAUCCUAGCCAACAACACAAAAACACGGGGAGUCACUAAAUUAGUGGCCACCGAAGCAAAGUAAGCAAUCAAAAAAGGGCCAGCCCGGAAAAAAUAAAGUAGUGUGCGGGGAGUUUGCACAUUAAAAGCAUAAGCCGCACCACCGCAGGCAAACAAGAAAUAGUUUAUCCGUACCGGUGCCCAUCGGACCCCCUCUUCCCGCCAGGCACGAGCUGAAGCCAACCAUGAAGUCUGCCAUCCUGUAUCCGUACGGUCCGCUGCGCGCUAAUGGUUGCUGCCGGAUGCUGCACGCCAAACAUUUGGCACUAACGAGCGCCAUCUACACCCUGAACAUUUCCAUCCUGGUGGUACUGCUGUACUCGUGGCGCAUCAGCGUGAACGUGAAGAAGUACGGCGACCUGGAGGAUGUGUACUACGGCGUGCAGAUAGCGUACUUCGCCAUCAUCGGUACGCAGUGUUCGAUGAUACUGCUCAGCGUGGUGCUUAUUUUCGGCAUCUAUCGGGAGAACAUUGGACUGGUCGUGCCGUGGAUAAUCGGAUUUAUCACCUUCAUGGCACUGGAAGCGGUCGCAAUGGUCUACUCGAACGUACUGCGCGACCACGUGAACCGGCAGUUCGAUUCGCUCUGCAAGGCGGAGGUGGCGUUCUUCGUAUCGCGCGCCAUCAUCAAUAUAAUGGCGAUGUGGGCGGUGACGCGCUUCUACAACCUGCUGCGCGCCGGCGUUACCUGGAAGGGCCCGGAGCUGAUCGAGCUAUGACACAACUCGAACGAGACGGAAAAGACGCUCGCGUCCUUCCGCGAAGAGACGCGCCUGAUCGUGCGCAUACCGGCGUGCGACGGCGACGCUGCCGAGCUGGGCCGCGACGGUGACGACGACGGGACGACCGACACGGAUGACAAUAUGAUCGGGGAAGGCCUGCGGCGGCCGCCGGCCGCCCUGACCCAUCAGCGGACCGGUCUGUACCGAUGGCCGGGCGAGGAGGAGGACGAACCGGAGGAGGGCAAGAGUGCGGGCAGUGGUAGCGAGGAGGACGACUCGCUGCUGGUUGCGUACGACAGCAACUCGGUCGCGUCCGUUUGACAAUAUCGCAAGCUCCUGCGGUACGCGGUGGCAGAGCUGCGGCGCCAGGCGGACAGUGCCGUGCUGCUGUUUAUGAUUAUAUUUUUUAUCGAGGUGUACGCGCAGAUAUUUAUAUUUUUCUAGAGAAUGUAGCAACGCUCGUACCGCAGGCGCUGGAGAGAAAGAGAGAGAGAGGGUGAUUUUGGUCAAUGUGAUCGAACCGAGGGGGAGAUUCGGCCCACAAGUCGACUUUGGCGAAGAAAAUGCUUAUUUACUGUGUCAAGUUGCCGAAAACCGAAACAAAUCCUAGCACAAACAGGAAGCAAAAACACGGGACACGGAUCAAUGUUUCGGAACUCCAACCACCCUAAUCCCAAAAGAGUUCACUAUUGAGAGGAGAUAAAGAGACCUUGGGAUUUGGGAUUUGUUAUAAGCUAGGUGUAAGAUGUUGUGAAACUGUUUAGCAGCAAGGAGGCAAAAUGCAAAACAGAUGUUAAUGUAACAGGUGUCACCAUCCCCUGCUCGCCACAAAACAAAGCUUGUAAAUAGUGUAGCCAGCAGCAGGGGAGCAGCAGUGUCACACUACCCUACCAAUGUUAGAGAGAACUAUGUUUAAAAAAGCAAACGUUGAAACAGAGCAAACACCCACUUAAACAUUUAAAACAAACACUGAGAAAUCAAAUACUAAACCCCACACACAGAAACAAUAAAACAGAGUAUAUAAAUUCCUUGAAACGGUGUAGCAGAGGCCCGGAAAGGCCUCGGGCAAACCUACAUGAACGCAAAACAAUAAAUGUGCUGCUGCGCAGCGUUGAUAAUGAUUGACGAAA